AGUCCCUCCUACCUGGUCCCCUAUUGGGUCAGAGACUCCUGAAGCCCUGCCAGUGAGGGACAAAUGAGAAGAGCUGUUGAUUUUUCUUUCCCCCUUGGCCAUUCAGAAUUUCCCCCACAUAAAUACUGAGAAAGAUCCUGCCCUCUCCUCCCUUUUUCUCUCUACUUGUCCCUGUGCUGAAUCUGGUCCCCUAGGUGUGGGCAUGGCCAUGGAGGACCUGUUUAUGCUCAGGGUAACUAUGGGCAUAUGCUAUGCCACCUUCAGUGCCUCUGCCUGGUCAGUGAACAAUUUCCUGAUAACAGGUCCCAAGGCCUACCUGACCUAUACUACCAGCGUGGCCCUAGGUGCCCAGAAUGGCAUCGAGGAGUGUAAGUUCCAAUUUGCCUGGGAACGCUGGAACUGCCCUGAAAAUGCUCUCCAGCUCUCCACUCACCACAGGCUGAGAAGUGCUACCAGGGAGACUUCAUUCAUUCAUGCUAUUAGCUCUGCUGGAGUUAUGUACACCAUCACCAAGAACUGUAGCAUGGGUGACUUUGAAAACUGUGGCUGUGAUGAGUCAAAAAAUGGAAAAACAGGAGGCCAUGGUUGGAUCUGGGGAGGCUGCAGCGACAAUGUAGAAUUUGGGGAAAGGAUCUCCAAACUCUUUGUGGACAGCCUGGAGAAGGGAAAGGAUGCCAGAGCCCUGAUGAAUCUUCACAACAACAGAGCAGGAAGGCUGGCAGUAAGAGCCACCAUGAAAAGGACCUGUAAAUGCCAUGGCAUCUCAGGGAGCUGCAGCAUCCAGACAUGCUGGCUGCAGAUGGCUGACUUCCGGGAGAUGGGAGACUACUUAAAAGCCAAGUAUGACCAAGCGCUGAAAAUUGAGAUGGAUAAGCGGCGGCUAAGGGCUGGGAACAGUGCUGAGGGCCACUGGGCACCCGCUGAAGCCUUUCUUCCUAGUGCAGAGGCUGAGCUGAUCUUUUUAGAGGAAUCACCAGAUUACUGUACCCGCAAUUCUAGCCUGGGCAUCUAUGGCACAGAGGGUCGGGAGUGUCUGCAGAACAGCCACAACACAUCCAGGUGGGAACAACACAGCUGCGGGCGCUUAUGCACUGAGUGUGGCCUGCAAGUGGAAGAGAGGAGAACUGAGGCCAUCAGCAGCUGUAACUGCAAAUUCCAGUGGUGCUGUACAGUCAAGUGUGAUCAGUGUAGGCAUGUGGUACACAAGUACUAUUGCACACGCUCCCUAGGCAGUACUUGGUCUGGGGCUUGUUUGGUUUGGGGGUCUAUAUUCAGAGAGACCCUCAAAGUACUUGUCCCUGUAAGUUUUAGACCAUGUCCAACCCAGCUGUGCUGCUGAGAAUCAGGGAAUGGAAGCAAAAAAUGAAAAAGUUCUGUCCAAACUACUGAAGGAGCA